AUCUCAGCUCCACCAACCAAUCAAACUUAAGAAACCUUCCUUCCUUCCCAAACCAAAAAAACUCAUAGCUGCCAUGACUCGCAUAGCUUUUAGCGUCGUCGUCGUCGUCGUCGUCUUUAUCGGCCUCUCCGGUUCGGUCUCCGCCGGUAGGGACCUAGUCGGAGAUAUUCUCCGGUUGCCUUCAGAAGCUUCCAGAUUCUUCGGAAGAGGUCAUGGGGCUGAUGUGGCUGAUGAUAUUGAUGAUGACUCGUCCGGAACCAAAUGGGCGGUUCUGAUUGCCGGUUCCAAUGGCUACUGGAAUUACAGGCACCAGGCUGAUAUUUGUCAUGCCUAUCAACUGUUGAAGAAAGGUGGGUUGAAAGAUGAGAACAUAAUUGUUUUCAUGUAUGAUGACAUUGCUCUCAAUGAAGAGAACCCUAGGCCUGGAGUUAUUAUUAACAAACCGGAUGGUGAUGAUGUGUAUGAAGGAGUGCCAAAGGAUUAUACUGGGGAAGAUGUUACCGUUGACAACUUUUUUGCUGUAAUCCUCGGAAAUAAAACUGCUCUUACAGGGGGUAGUGGGAAGGUUGUGGAUAGCGGUCCAAACGAUCAUAUUUUCAUAUACUAUAGUGAUCAUGGGGGUCCUGGCGUUCUUGGCAUGCCUACCAGUCCUUACCUUUAUGCUGAUGAUCUGAUUGAAGUUUUAAAGAAGAAGCAUGCUUCUGGGACCUAUAAAAGAUUGGUAUUUUAUCUUGAAGCUUGUGAGUCUGGAAGCAUCUUUGAGGGCCUUCUUCCAGAAGGUUUGAAUAUUUAUGCAACAACAGCAUCAAAUGCAGAAGAGAGCAGUUGGGGAACUUAUUGUCCUGGAGAGGAUCCUAGUCCUCCCGAAGAAUAUGAAACUUGUUUGGGUGACUUGUAUAGUGUUGCUUGGAUGGAAGACAGUGACAAACACAAUCUGCGGACAGAAACUUUGCGUGAUCAGUAUAGAUUGGUCAAAACGAGGACUGCAAAUGAAAAUUCUGCCUAUGGUUCUCAUGUCAUGCAAUACGGUGAUAUAGAUCUUAGCACGGACAAUCUCGUCUGGUAUUUGGGUACAAAUCCUGAAAAUGAAAACUCCACUUUUGUGGAUGAAAACUCCUUGAGGCCGCCUACAAAAGCUAUCAACCAGCGAGAUGCUGAUCUUGUCCACUUUUGGGAUAAGUUCCGCAAGGCUCCUGAAGGCUCUCCUAGGAAAAUUGAAGCUCAGAAGCAGUUUGUUGAAGCAAUGUCACACAGAAUGCAUAUAGAUAACAGUGUUAAACUUAUUGGGAAGCUCCUAUUUGGAAUUGAGAAAGGUCCAGAGGUACUCAACACUGUUCGACCUGUUGGGCAACCACUUGUUGAAGACUGGGACUGCCUUAAGACACUGGUGAGGACAUUUGAGACACAUUGUGGAUCCAUAUCCCAAUAUGGGAUGAAGCACAUGCGCUCCUUUGCUAACAUCUGUAAUGCUGGGAUUAAGAAGGAUCAGAUGGCUGAGGUAUCAGCUCAAGCAUGUGUUAGCAUUCCUUCUGGGCCGUGGAGCUCUCUGCACAAGGGAUUCAGCGCAUGAUUGAAUCAUAAUGCGCAAUUUGAAAGUCCAAAACUUGGACUGUAAUAAUCUAUAUAUAGGUUUGUAAACGUUUUGUAAUUUGAUGAUGGUUCUCAUGAUUUCCUCAUGUAAAUAGAAAUCCGGCUCCUUCAUUAUCCUGCUCUGUACUGAAGAACUUGUCAUAAAUUGUAAUUAAUAUGACAGUGACUGUUGUGAUUAUAUGAACAUGCAUCCGAUUGUCUUAUGUAA